AUGGAUGAUCUCACGUAUCAUUUCAACGACCCCUAUCAAACUUCUAUUGAUCUAAGUUUCUUCGAUACAAGUAACCCCACACUAGCCGAUUUAUCCAUCACUGACAAUACACCCCACCAAAAUCAUCAUGGAGUAUUUCAACAGCCACAUGAUACUAACUUCAAUAAUCACUUUUCCAACCAUAAUGGAAUACUUCAACAAGGACAUGGAACUAAUGAUGAUUUCGCAAUGUCACAAAAUGAUUCAUUUGAUUACAAUGUAAUGUCAUCUCAUCCAAAUGAUUUUUCCUUUGGACGAAAUGACUUCGAAGCGGGUACUUCGUCACAAAUGCAUGAGGAUCAACAAACUCAACCUUUGAAUCAGAUUCCGGUUCCGGUGAACCAAACAGAUGCAAUGACACUUGAUCAAUGGCCACCCACACCAAUUCCAUAUUUUUGCAGUUGUUGUCAAGUUCUCAGAGAAAUCAUUCACGCUAAUGGUAUUCAAUUUGAAAAGCUUGAGAUUCAUGGAAGGUUGGGUUUGAUUACACAUGCAAUUCAUCAUCAGACUCCUGUUAAUGGAGACCUACCAAUUAGUCAAAUGAUUGAUUUUAGCAGAAGAAGCCUUGAUGAAGUAAAGAAUUUUCUGGCGCAAUACUGCAUGCAGCAUAUUUUAGAAGGAUACUUUAUUCUACAAGAUCCUAUGUCUGCAUAUUAUGAAACUCUUUGCACUGGAUUGGAUUGGAUUGAAGAUUUUAACAUGGAAGGUCCUGUUGAUAAUAAUCAAAAUAAUUCAGAUGAAAUGGUGGAGCAAGAGCAAGUUGGUGUGGAUGGAACUCCUACUACUGAAACACCUGAUAAAAAGAAACUCUCAGAACAGAGAGAAAAAGCGGGAAAAUUGACAUUGAAUGAUUUACGCGAUUAUUUUCAUCUACCUAUUGAGGAAGCAGCGAAAAAAGUGGACUUGUGUCCAACAGUUCUCAAAAAAACAUGUCGUAAAGCAGGAUUAGCAAGAUGGCCUCACAGAAAGGUGAAAAGCCUUUUGAAGCAGAUAGCAUUACUAGGAACUCAAUUGGAAAAACAAGAAGCAGCGACAAGGGCAAGGACUGAAGAGGAAAUCAGCAGGCUUAAGCAAGAAAUGAUUGAUCAUUGUGGUGGACAUAUACCAACAGCGAUGUAUAACAUCGCCGACUUCUUGCCACCAAACUAUCAGAAGCGCCGGUAG